GCCGCCCUUUUCCGGGGCAGGGAAACUGCGGCAGAGCCGGAAGCGGGGUAGCCCUCGGGCGCGAGGGGGCGGCGGCGCGGCCGAGACCCCGGGCCCCGGGCCGGCUGGCUUCUCCUCCCAGCCACCCGCGCGCGCUGAAGGCCUCCAGGACUCGGGCGCCCCAUGGGCGGCAUCGGAUCGCGAGCUUCCCGGCGCGGACCGCCGGAGCCCAGCCACUGAGAGGCACCGGAAGCUUCGCCCGCAGGAGUCGUCGCGAAGCCUCGCGCGGAGGAUGGCGGCCAGAGGGACAGCCCCGGGGGCGGAGCCCGCGGCCACGGCCACGCCCCCGGGGGCCGGUCCCGCCGCUCUGCGCCUCGCCGCCGCCGCCUGCUGGCACGUCGUGCGGGGUCGCUGCGUGGAGCACUUCCCGCGGGUGUUACAGUUCCUGCGGUCGCUGCGCGCUGCCGCCCCCGGUUUGGUUCGCUACCGCCACCACGAACGCCUGUGUAUGGGCCUAAACGCCAAGGUAGUGGUGGAGUUGAUCCUGCAGGGCCGGCCGUGGGCCCAGGUUCUGAACGUCCUGCACCAUCAUUUCCCAGAGUCUGGACACGUAGUGCGGGACCCCAAAGCUACAAAGCAGGAUCUGAGGAAGAUCUCGGAGGCACAGGAGACGUUUUGCCAACAGGUGAAGCAACUAGCAGAGGCCCCAGUGGACUUGGCUUCCAAGCUGCAGGAACUUGAACAAGAGUAUGGGGAACCAUUUCUGGCUGCCAUGGAAAAGCUGUUUUUUGAAUACUUGUGUCAGCUAGAAAAAGCACUGCCUGCACUGCAAACACAGCAGCUUCAGGAUGUGCUGAGUUGGAUGCAGCCUGGAGUUUCUAUCACCUCUUCUUUUGCCUUGAGCCAAUAUGGUGUGGACAUGGGGUGGCCACUUUCAGAGUCCUCCGUUACUGACUCAGUGAGCAUGACAGAGCCCACGGAGCAGAGUCCUCCUCAGCAACCAAAACUGGCACUUCACCAUCCUUUGCCAAAAGCCAGGCCUGGCCCAUACCUUCCUCAGGAACCAGCCUCAAGGAAGCACCCAGUACCUACAGCUGGCUGCCACUUUAAUCUGGCCCCUCUGGGCCGGCGAAAAAUCCAGUCCCAAUGGGCAUCCACUAAGGGAGGCCAUAAGGAGCGCCCCACAGUCAUGCUGUUCCCUUUUAGGAAUCUGGGUUCACCAUCCCAAGUCAUAUCUGAGCCGGAGAACAAGGAAAAACAUGGGAUGCACAUGGCAGAUCCAACAGGUGCUGUGGGUACGAGAGCAGCUUCCACUGGAAAGUCUAAGAAUCUGUCCCCAAUCCUGGGGGAAAGGAUUCUGAAGAACCCAGCUGACCUGUUGGCUUCAGAGCAAGAAGAGAAUUGUUUGGUCUGCCCAGCGGACCCCCUGAGACUUUCACUGUCCCCUCCUAGGGCCAGGAAACCAGUGUGUCCUCCAUCUCUGUGCAGCUCUGUCAUUACCAUAGGGGACUUGGUUUUGGACUCUGAUGAAGAAGAAAAUGUCCAGAAGGAAGGAAGGGACUCUCCCUCUGUGCUCUCCCAACAUGCUUACCGAAAGCCUUGGCCACAUCCCCAGGACAGCUGCAGCCUCCAUCCUGCAAAGUAAGGACCACUAGGAAGAGACAACGUGGAUUUCCCAAGCAUUCUGAGCAAUGUCCCUGCAGCCCACCUCAAAGCCGACAGGAACCCAGGAAUCCUGAGCCACCGCUACCACAGCUUCCACACCCCGCAGAAAAGAAGAUGUUUGGCAGCCUUGUACCCUACCCUGCCCUUGGGCCUUACUGAAAUGAUGUGGCCCUUGAGGCCAUGAGCAGCAUCUGCACACUCCAUCACUGCACUGAGCUGUGGGUACCCCACUCCAGUUUUCUUCCGGGUGGUGCACACAGAGCCUGAGAAGAACGCAAUGAGAAUGGUGAAGUGUUCACAGGCGUUUGACACCAGACAGGUAGCCUUUGGCACCCAGUGAACCACUUACCUGGUCCGAUUCCCACUUUGAUGAUAUCAGCCCCAGAUAGGAUCAGCUCUUCCACCAUCUCUCCUGUUACUACAUUCCCUGCCUGAGACAAAGCAAUCGAAACAGGGCACUCUGAGGGUUAAAAAUGAGAGGGGAGGUUGUGUGCUCUCAUACACGCCAAGCCUGAACCAUAACCUUCCAACAUUAUUACAAAGAAGAGUACCUAGGUUCCCUCUACUGGGAAAGGACUGCUUCCCAAGCUGAGGUAAGGGGGUGAGUGGCCAGUGUCACUGUUGCACUAGGGGUAAAGCUGGAGCCCAACUGGACCAAGGGCAGAGCUGACUUACGGUAGAUUAUCUCCCUGUUCUUUCCAAGAGACCCAAACAUACCUUGUCCUUAUGCAGUUAUGCCAUAAAAUCUCUGACUUCAGAGAAAGGAAAAGACAUAGUAAUGUAAGCUAAAUACCUAUCUGCAUAGCUGUAUUUACUUUGUAUAGACAGUACAGAGAGGCCCCUUGAGGCUGUGGAGAAAACGAGGCCUUGUCAUUAGUCCCCUAAGCUUGUAAAAAAAAUAAAACUCUUCCAUGCAACCCUUUUAA